AUGCACGUUUUACUUCUCGGUGGCCACGGCAAAGUCGCCCUCCAUCUCACUCCUCUUCUACUCAACCGGGGCUGGACCGUGACAAGUGUGGUCCGGAACCCCGACCAUGAGAAAGAGAUUCUGGACCUGGGCAAGGGUCGCAAGGGCAAAUUGAGCGCUCUGAUUUCCAGCUUGGCUGAUAUCAAAAGUGCUGCCGAUGCACAAAAUAUCUUGCUCUCCACGAAGCCUGAUUAUGUCGUGUGGUCUGCCGGUGCCGGCGGAAAAGGCGGACCAUCCAACACCAUCGCCAUCGACCAAGAAGCCGCCAAACACUUCAUGACCGCCUCCUUCGCAUCCCCUAAUGUCACCAAAUUCCUCAUGGUCUCCUACCUGGGCAGCCGCAAGAAGCAGCCUCAAUGGAUGCCCGAUGAGGAAUGGGCCGGCAUUGUCCACGUCAACAAUGAAGUCCUACCAACGUACGCCAAGGCGAAACAGGAAGCCGACGAAUACAUGACCGCGUUGGUGUUCAAGCACAAGCAGGAACCUGCUGCAACACAACCCUUUCAGGCGAUCAACCUGCGGCCGGGAACGUUGACUGACGAGCCCGCUACGCGCAAGGUGGAACUUGGGAAGACGUCAAAGGGUAGGGGCACGGUGACGCGAGAGGAUGUCGCGAUUGUGGCUGAUUUGUUGUUGGCGAGGGCGGACACGGAUGGGUGGUACGACCUUGUCAAUGGGGAGGAGGAUGUUGAGCAGGCGGUGGAGAGAGUGGCUAAGGAGAAGCUGGAUGCUGUCGAAGGAGAGGAUGUGCAGGGAAUGGUGAAGCGGUUCUUCCCUUGA